GGAAGUCGGAUCUCUGAAUUUCUGUUCCAUUCUGUAGCAGCCUCCUAGGCGGGGCCAGGAAAAAAAUCCGGGUCUCCCGGCCUCGCCCCGCCUUCCAAUAGUCUGCGCUGAGUGGGCGGCGAGGGACCGGGGGGAACCAAUCAGAAGUCAGGACUCGCGGGGCUUGGAGGAGGGGCGCGGGGGCUGCGGCCUCUGCGGACCCUGCUCUACCUCCUGGCCAUAGUGCGGGAUCGAGGCCGCAAUACCCGGCUGCUGGAGAGUGAAAUCCACCCCAGGACGUCGGGUCGCUGCGGGUGAGCCAAGGAGGGGAAAGCAGAGACAAGCCCCGCGUCCCCGCUGCGGGAGUCGGAGGCGUCCCCGAGGGCAGGGAGGCUCUCUGCGAGUGUGGAGCUGUGAGUCCUACGCCUCAGGCUCCUCCAGUCCGCGCUACCCUCAGCUCGCUGCGUGCGUAAUGGGCAAGUCACCCUUCUCCCCGGACCUCACCUGUAACCUAGGAGGGCUGAGCUGGGCCCCCAGUAUGAAAGCGUGGCACCCGAGAAGCUGUCGAGGGCAGCCCUCCCAGGUCUGUGUGGGGUCGCUGGCCGAGGACUGUGCCGGCGCCUGGCAGGUGUCUACUGGGAGCAGUCUCGGAGCUCCACUGGACCUCACUGAUAACCCUGCGAACCUGACUGACAUAAUGUCAAGUGGAAAUGAUCAGCAGUCAGAGGCUCUUAGCAAACCCACUUUCAGUGAAGAACAGGCCUCUGCAUUAGUGGAGUCAGUGUUUGGGUUGAAAGUUUCCAAGGUCCAGCCACUUCCUAGCUAUGAUGACCAAAACUUUCAUGUCUACGUUUCAAAAAACAAAGAUGGCCCAACUGAAUAUGUCCUCAAAAUAAGCAACACCAAGGCUAGCAAAAAUCCAGACCGGAUUGAAGUGCAGAAUGACAUCAUCAUGUUUUUGAAAGCAGCUGGAUUUCCAACAUCCUCUGUGUGUCGCGCUAAAGGAGACAACACAGCUUCUCUCGUGUCUGUAGAUAGUGGCUCUGAAAUCAAAAGCUACUUGGUGAGGCUGCUGACUUACCUCCCAGGAAGACCCAUAGCUGAGAUUCCCAUCAGCCCCCAGCUAUUGUAUGAAAUUGGAAAGCUAGCUGCCAAAUUGGAUAAGACACUGCAGAAAUUCCAUCACCCAAAGUUAAGUAGUCUUCAUCGGAAGAACUUCAUCUGGAAUCUGAAAAAUGUUCCUCUUCUGGAGAAAUACCUGUAUGUCCUGGGCCAGAAUCGAAACCGAGAGAUUGUCGAGCAUGUCAUUCAUCUGUUCAAGGAGGAAGUAAUGACCAAAUUAAGUCAUUUUCGAGAAUGUAUCAAUCAUGGAGAUCUUAAUGACCAUAAUAUUUUAAUAGAGUCCAGCAAGUCAGCCUCUGGAAAUGCUGAAUAUCAAGUGUCUGGGAUUUUAGACUUUGAUGACAUGAGCUAUGGCUACUAUGUGUUUGAACUGGCAAUUACCAUCAUGUACAUGAUGAUUGAAAGCAAGAAUCCUAUACAAGUAGGAGGCCAUGUCCUUGCAGGGUUUGAAAGCAUCACCCCACUGACAGGUGUAGAGAAGGGUGCUUUGUUUUUACUUGUAUGCAGUCGUUUUUGCCAGUCACUUGUCAUGGCUGCAUACUCUUGCCAGCUAUACCCAGAGAACAGAGACUAUUUCAUGGUUACUGCAAAAACCGGGUGGAAACACUUACAGCAAAUGUUUGACAUGGGUCAGAAAGCUGUAGAAGAAAUCUGGUUUGAAACUGCCAAAUCCUAUGAAUCUGGGAUCUCCAUGUGAGUGAGAUCUCCAUGUGACUAAAAGUUCACUUUAACGUGGGUAAUUAAAAUAGGGCCCAAUCAAAUUUUAGGAAGGAUUUUCCUGUAUAGUUAAAAAUCAAUUGAUGGAAUGGAUCAAUUCUGAAUAUGACAGAGCACAUGAAAUCCCUAAGGUCUUCAAGCAAUCUCAUGACAAUUUUUUAAAAUUCACAAAAGUACCACGAGCAAGCAUAUUUUUCUGUGAGUCUCACUUGCCAUGUCUAUAAACACAUGAUACCAUUUUGAAUCAGAUAAUCUCACAAGAUCUAUUCCAGCCCUGAGAUUAAUGACUGUUUUUAAUUUUUAAAAUAAUAUAUACAUACAGAUAUAUUGACAUAUUUUAAAUAUCUGGACAUAACAUACUGACCUAGAUAACAUACUAGCAGUUCUAUGAAACCUCCUCUGAUCUGUCCUUUCUUUCAAAUCCCAGUGCACUGUGUCUUUUUCAUGGCCCAUCACUUUGCAUAAUGGAUCAUGGUUGUGCAGUCAUCUUGCCUGAGAGCUAUUGAGGGCAGAGACCAUGUAAAACUUAUUUUUGUCUCCUCAUCCCUUCUUAUCACACCUAUUAUAGUGCCUUUCCUACAGAGAGGUCUUUAAAAAUAUUUGAAAAUAAACGUGUGCUAGAAGAAAGGAUGGAGAAGGCACACACUAAGAUGCUUUAGGAGAAAGCACAGACAGCAUUCUUUUUUUUUUUUUUUUUUGAGACAGAGUCUCACACUAUUGCCCGGGCUGGAGUGCCAUGGCAUAAUUUCGGCACUGCAACCU